CUGUGAUGAUUCAAAAUACCACCUAAAACUGUUAGUCAAUUAUACGUCUAUUAUCUUUUAUUAUCUAUGGUUAAGACCAGAUAAAAACACUGAUAAAAUUGUUUUUUGUUAUAUUAACAUUAUAGAUAUAUAAAUUAAUAACGAUAAAUACAGUGUUAUCGUUUGUUUUGUUGAUAACUUUAUUAAGUAGUAAGUACCAAUUGCGAAUUUGCGUCUUGCGAUUGCGAAGUUGCAGUAUUUGACGUAAAGAUAUUGGAAAUAACUCAUUUUCAGAUAUUUACUUUUAACAUAUUUCACUGAAUAGUGAAUAUCGCGUGUAUUUCGUCUUAUAAUUAACAAUGAAUAGCAGCGACAGUGAUGAUUUGGCUGAGGAAUUCUUAACGGAUGAUACUCAAAAUUUUCUAACUCAAGGUUAGUAUAAUAUAUUUACUGAUAUAGCUUUACAAAUUAUUAAGUCAUACCCCUGAUUUAUGGUUUAUUCAACUUUCAUCAACCAAAUUUUUUAUAUUCCGUUUUAUGAUUAAAAAUGUCUGUAUGAAUAGGUCUAUCUAAAAGUAUCUUUGUCAAUUAAUAAUGCCAUUUUAAACAAUUUUGUAAAAUACAUGUUUUAAAAUUUAUGAAAUGCAUUUUUUUUGUUUGUAUUUUAUUUUAGAAAGUUAUUAAUAUAAUAGUGGAUAAAUGUUUUCAUAGUUCCAAAAAAAAAAUAUAUUUUCAAUUAACCUAACCUUAAAGUAGGUACUUGGAUAGGUAUAAAAAACAAGAGGAUAAUCUUCGCAUGAUGGGUUGGCCACUGUUGUAGGUGAGAAGUUGGGUAGGUAAAGGGGAAACUUAAUGUUUAUAUUUACGCAACGAUAAAUCAUUGCAAACCAAAACCGAUUAUGAGUAGAGUUCGGUUAUACAUGUUUUGAAAAGCCAUAAUAUUUACGAUUUGAAAAAAUACAUUUCAUACAUUUUUCCAUUUUUCCAAUUUUUUUUAAACUCCUGGGAAAAUGAAUACAUGACAUCCUUAAAGUACCACCCUAGUACAUAUAUCCAUUCAGAAAAACUGUUUUAUUUGAAAAUCUGAGAAAAAUUUCUGGUAGAAAAGUAAUUACUAAAAAAAAAAAAAAAAAAUAAACAUCAUUUUAAAACCAAUACGUUCUUUACUUCGCUCAGAAUCUAAAACAAUCAUUGGUACUUAUUGUCGUACAUACAGUGUACAUAAGCAGUAGAUACUUACUAAAUAAAAUAUAUAUCACCAUUGAUUAAUUUGAUUUUUACUACUCGUACAAUUAUUUGAUCAGUAUAUUUCUAUAGAGUUGAGCUCAUAAUAAAAGGAAUAUUGAAAAUAAAAAUAAACUAUUUUAUGUUAUAUAAUAGAAACUUAUGUAUAAAAUAUUAUUUUUCUUAAAAAUCACCUUGUAAUUUACAUUUAAUAAACUGAAAUAUUAUUAUGUCCGAUCAAUAUUGAGAUUUGCGAAUACAGAAAUACAUUUAAUGAUAAUAAAAUCUUAAGCCGGGUUAUUAUAUUUUUAAUGUAACAUUAUAAAAAUUAAUUUUUGGUCUACAAUAUUAAAUACAUUUCUUUUGUAGGACAUGACUCUCAGGAUGUGGAAUUAGUGACGUUAGACAAUACAGAUGAUUCAUCAAAUCAAGGAGAAGUUUAUGAACUAAAAUUUGGAAAACCACUUCGUGAACAAGACAGAUUUCUUCCUAUUGCAAAUAUUGCAAAAAUAAUGAAAAAAUCUAUUCCAGAAGGUGGAAAGGUAUGUUAAUCAUAAAUAUAUCAAGUAUAUAUAUUUCUCAUAACUAUAGAAUUUUAAACUUUUUUAUAAUAUUGGAAUGUAAAAACUGUAUGAUUAAUUGUUCUUCCAUUAACUUAUAACUUCGUAUAGGUAAAAUUAAUAACUAUAAGACUGACUUUGAUGUUCUUAAUAUACGCUCAAAAAUAUAUUAAAAAUAUGCUUAAUUAUAUGCUUUAAAAAAUGACAUUACUUGUUGACAAAAUAUCAAAAUACGCAUUAACAUAUUAACCAAUAUCAACUUGAUGUUAACAGCGGGUAGAUGUAUGUAUUCAAAAUUAAAUAAUUGCACAACUUAAAAAAUAAGUAUGAUCUUCUGAUUUUUUUUAUUGUUGAUUGAAGCUAAAUAAUUCUUAUAAUUUUUAUAAUAUAAAUAUUAUAAAAAAACCUAACUACAUUGAAUUGAAUAUGCUCUAAUUAUAUCAAAAAAAUGAUCUUAAAAAAAAUAGUUUUGAAAAAUAUGUAAAUAAAUGCAACAUGACAAUUGAACUUGUGUAACUACUGUAAAGAUUAUAAAAUAACUAUUUUACUUUGCAAUUUUUAUUAUUAAUGUAAAAAAAUAAGUAAAUACAUUAAAAUAAAUAAAUCUAAUGAAUAAUUAUUUACUAUUUGCUAAUUUGUAAUUUUGCUUUGAUCAUUUUAUUAGAUGUUCUAUAUAUACUAACACUCCCAAAAACAAAAAAAAAAACAACUUUUAUAUACAAAACCUUUAUACUUGGCUAAGAUGUUAUUGUGUUUCUAACUUGAUAUUGUUUAAUAACAUUUAUAGAUAGCAAAAGAUGCUAGGGAGUGUGUUCAAGAAUGUGUCUCUGAGUUUAUAAGUUUUAUAACCAGUGAAGCUAGUGACAGAUGUUUUCAAGAAAAAAGGAAGACCAUUAAUGGAGAAGAUAUUCUUUAUGCAAUGUCCACUUUAGGUUUUGACAAUUAUGUAGAACCUUUAAAAUUGUAUUUGCAAAAAUAUAGAGAGGUAAUAUACUACCCUAAUCAGGAAAAUUUUACAAAGGAACGUACUAUCGUGAAAUAAUAUUUUAAGAUAACAGUAUUACAAUUCUGUGGAAAGUAAACUAUAGAAAAUAUUAAAUAAGAAAAUAAAACAUUAAAACUGUAUUUUUCUAUAAAGUAAAAUCUCAUUAAUUAGUUCGCAUUAGCCUAGACUUUGUUAAAACCGGACACCUGUUUAAUACCCAAAAAUUACGCUAGUUUAUGCCAUAGAUAAAAAAAAAAAGAAAACGAGUUUUAAUAUAUGUAUAUAUACUAGUUUUUAGGUUUAAUAUUGUUUAAUAAAUGUACAUACAUAUUAAUAUUAGGUUACAAUUUGUAUAAUAUAUCCAAUACAAUUUUCUUAAAUUUAAUUCUAAAAAUUCUAAAAUGUACGAUUUUUGGUUAAUUUGUUUAAUUUGGACAAUGUAGAGCCCCAAUUAGUCCAGAUUGAAGAGAUUUUACUCUAAUAGUAUUUAUUAUAAUAGUUAACUAUUAUCAAUUGAUAACCAUGUCUACAUAUGGUUUAUUAUUCUGUUUGUUGCUUAAAAUUAUUUAAACCAAAAAAGAAACUGAUAGGGAAAGGGGUUUAUAAUAUGGUUGUUAGAGCACUGCUACAUUGUGCAUAAAAACGUUUUAAAACCUAUUAAUCUUAUUUUUAUAAGUUUGCAAAAAAAAAAUAAUACCAUUGUCUUGCUAUAGUAAUAAUAUAUAGUACCUAGUACUCUACUAAUUAGUUAAUAAUAAUUUCUGACAGUAUAGUUUUAGUACCUAUUUUAUUUUCUUGUUUAAUAUUCUUUGUAAUUUGUGAUUUCCUUAGAAAUAUUUUCUGAAAAACUAUUAUUAAUUUACAGGGUUAAUAUUAAUCUUUCAAUGAAAUUAUUCUUUGAAAAUAUUUUUCCUUAUCAAAAUUGAAUUCAAAAAACAUUAAAAAAUAAUAAUAAUAAAUACAUUUCUGGUUAAGUUAUUUCCUGAUUUGUAUGCGCUCCAUAUUUCGUAUAUAUAGUCUAUAAUAAAUUAAAAAACUAAUAUCUCAAAAUGUUUAAAGGCUACAAAAGGAGACAAAUCAAUUGGAAUUGAAGAACUGUCAGAUGAUGUGUUUUGUAAGUAAUUUAAUUUAAAUCUCUAACUUUAUAUAUUUUAAUAAAAAUAUUAUCAUUAUAAAUAUAUAUAUAUAUAUUUGUUUUAUAGCCAACGAUGCAAACUAUUCAAAAAUAUUUGGUCAAAAUAGUCAAAGUGAUCCCGUUAUAUUCUAUCAAGAUCCUAACUCCAUUCAACAGUUCCACAUUGUACAUUAGUUUUUUUUUUUUAUUUGUAUUUAGCAUAAAUUUUGUGCAUAAAUAAUCAAUAUUAAUGACAACUCAAAGUUUUAAUACAAAAUAUAUCUUGUAAAUUGUAUGUAUUUCUUUAAUUGAUAUAGUUGUAUAUCUAUUGGAGUGCUGCAAACAAAUUUUGUCCAAUCAUCCUUUUUGUAUUGUUUUUGAAUAGGUAUAAGUUACAUUCCAGUAUUUUCCCAUAGUAAAAUAAAGAAUACCUGUAAAUUAAUGUUUUUACUCCAUUGAUUGUUCGAUAAAAAUUGAAAUACACAUUAAAUGCACUGUAAUGUUACGAAUAAAUUCACAAUAAAACUCAACAAAUUUUAUCAAUUUAUUUAUUUAAUAUUUAUUUGAUUUUCAUAGUAAAUAAACAUUCCCAUAAUGUAAUAUAAAUACUAUUUGAAUAUUAAUUUUGAUUGUAAUUUAUUUGUUAUUAAAUUAACUCAAAAUCACUAAUGUAUUGCAAUUUCGUAAAAUCUUAUAAAUUUAAGUAGGUAUUUAAAUAUAUUUUUCUAAUAAUCAAAAUGAAUAUUAUUUAGUAAAAUAAUUGUAUGGCUCAUAAGUUUUAUCAAAAAUCAAUUACAGUACUUAUAAAAUAUUUACCUUUUUUAGUUUUAAUUAAUCAAUAAUUUAACUUAAUAAAAAAAAAUAUGCAAAUGCUUUUAACAAUGAUGAUUUUACAUUUUACAGAGUAGUAUCAAGAAAAUAAACAAUUAUAUUAUUUUAUAUUAGUAGUUUUAGCUGUAGUUAAAUCAUUUUCAUUCUAUCUAUAAUAUAUUAUAUAAAAUAGUAUUGUAGUGAUGCUAGUUUAUUUUGAAUUUGGAAAUGUUCAGCUUUUUUUCUUUCCUGUUUGUAUCUUGUGUUUUAUGCAACUAUUAGAGACUAAUCGUUUUUGACUAUGCAAACUAAUAAAACUGUCACUGUAAAUAGAGUUAUGAGUGAGCAAUUACCAUUUACCAUAUUUUGUUGUUGUUACUAAGUAUCAUAUUAUUAUACUGUCCUCGUAAGUAAAAACACCAAUUGGUCAAUAGAGCACAUUUUU